CUCCACCUUGCUGAAAUGAAGAGAUUUGUUUUACUUGAGUAAUAUAUUAAAGUUCAUCUCUCUAGUAUCUAAAUCAAAAGAUGAACCAAAUAUAUAAUGCCCAAAUAACCAUAUUCUAUUUAGUUUUACAAUUUAAAAUAACGUAGCACUGCUUUAUAAUUAAUCCUCUCGACAUGACAAGAGAAUAAACACUAACGUGCAAGCCUCGCGGUAUUUGGGAGAAUUCCCGCGAGAGUUUGCGGAUUUCGGACAGCGAAGAGGGCGAAAUGGAGAUAUGAGGUCUGAAAAGGAGCAGAGGGCAGGAAGCAGGGAGAGAGGCAGCGUGGAGAUCCAGUUCAGGGAGUGUCAGAGGGAGCAGGACCACGUCGCGGUGAACCCGAAGCACAAGGAGGAGAAAAAGGAGAUCUUCACCAAGGUUGUCAUACGCCGACUGCCACCCAGUUUAUCAAAAGACCAGCUCGAGGAGCAUCUAAGUCCUCUUCCUUCUUUUGACUAUUUCGAGUUCUUCCCCGCUGAUCAGAGCUUAUAUCCGCAUCUCUUCUCAAGAGCAUACAUUAACUUCAAAAACCCAGAGGACAUCAUUAUUUUCAGAGAUCGCUUUGAUGGCUAUGUAUUCAUUGACAAUAAAGGCCAAGAGUAUCCGGCUGUUGUAGAAUUUGCUCCAUUUCAGAAGGUUUCCAAGAAAAGGUUAAAAAAGAAAGAUGCUAAAGCAGGAACUAUUGAAGAAGACCCAGAAUAUAGGCGAUUUCUGGAAAAUUACUCUUGUGAUGAGGAGAAAUCAAUGGCAAAUCCAGAAACACUCCUGGGAGAGAUUGAAGCUAAAACUCGAGAACUCAUAGCCAAAAGGACAACACCCUUGCUGGAAUACAUCAAAAACAAGAAAUUAGAGAAACAGAGAAUAAGAGACGAAAAAAGAGAGGAGAGGCGAAGGAGGGAACUGGAAAAGAAGAGACAGAGGGAGGAGGAAAAGCGGAAGCGCAGAGAAGAGGAGAGACGAAAGCGAAAAGAGGCUGAAAAGCAAAAGAAGCUCUCUGAAAAGGAAAUAAAGAUCAAGCUUUUGAAGAAAUGUGAACGAGACGAUGAUGUGGACUCAGACAGACUGAAAGAUAAAGGAGACAGCAGCGAGACAGAGAAGAACAGAUGGGAAAAGCCGGCAGGACACACUAAGUCAAAGGAUUCCAAGGAUAAUAGGAGUCAAAUCGAGAGUGACAAGGAGCAGCGGGAAGGUCACGGCCGUCGCCAGAGGGACAAAGAGCAUCGCGGCAGAGACGAGGAGCGCAAACGACAGAGGCAUCACUACGAGUUUGACAAAUUCAUGCGACGCAAGGAAGAGACCAAAUGGGGUAAAGGCUACUGCCAGGACAGAGCCAAGAAAGACCAACAUCAUGGCUAUUCUUACUGCCCAGAGACCGGAGACAAACUGGGCAAGGAGGAUCGAGAGGACGUGAGCAGCAGGAAAGAACGGAUUCGCAAUAAGUCUGUGUUAGUGCAUCAGGAGAAAAGGACUUCCCAGUCUGAGGGGCCAGACCAGAUAGGAGGGGCUCUGCCAGCAAAGGACCGACCGGCAAUGCAGCUGUACCAACCUGGUGCUAGAAACCGCAAGCGAGUGGGCUCCGGGAACAAGACGUUUGACUUUCCACCAAUCUCUCCUGAACACGGAGGAGAACAUUGCUACAAGACGGUCAUCGGUACAGGCUCAGAGAAGAGUGCCGACGAAUGAAAAAAAAAGACCAAGACAGGAAGAAGUCUACUUUCAAAAGCGAGGGUCAUGCCAGUAUAGUAAGAACAGUCAAGAUCAACCUUGUUUUCUGUCUUUUGAGUUAGUGUGUGAGUAUAAUUCAUUGAAAUCCCCACUUAAUAUUUUAUACACAAAGUCAACAGUGUCAUAAAUCUAAAAUUAUUGGCUUCUGUACACUUAUCAAGGAUUCACACCACUUCAUUGACAACAAUACCUCAGAUCAGAUUUGUAUGCCUUUUGUAGUGCAAGAAAUGGAUUCUGUUAAACAAAAGAAUAUAGAUAAAUAUAUAUAUAUAUAUAUAGAGAUUUUACUGUAAAGAAAUCAGUAUGUGUUGUGAAAUCUGUAUUUUAAAUAUAUGUAAUGUGGGAUGGGGAAAAGAGACAUAUUUUUUCUUUAGGAAUAUAAAAAUGCUACAUUGUAUUAAUGAAACAUUUAAGCAUGCAACUCUUAAUUUUACACUUUGACACUGCAAUGCCUUUGAAUGAUGCCUCUAUUGUCCCUGAUGUAUAGACAUUGUGGUUUUUCAGUAUUAACAACUACGUCUCACAACAGGAUAUAGCAAAUGUCAGAGCAUUGUUUUACCUGCGGGCCAAAAAGAACAAAAUUGUUUGUUAAAAUAGUCUUCUGUUAGGUCAAAUAACAUGUUUUGUGAUAUUUCUGAACAGUGUGCAUGUUUUUGAGAAAUUGCAGUCAUUCAGUGGUGGGGGCUCCAUGGGUUCACAUGCCUUACCUUUGAUUUGCACUUAAAGAUCCCGUCUGUUAUUAAAAUAGCCUACAGGUUUUUAGAAUUAUUGUUGAGUCCAACAAAAAAAGUAAACUCUGUAGAAUACUUUAAAAAUGUGAUACUGUAUUUGAUGGAUUGAUCAUUUGUGUACAAUAAAGAU